CGUAAACAGCCCAGCAGGGCGAUGCGUCGCUACCGAAUAUUGGCUCGCACGGCCCGACAACGGGGCUCAGAGCUGAGUACAUGACAAAGUCAUUGGCUCCGGUAGAACCGGGGCAAACGACGAAAGAAGGAAAGCAUCGCGCAAAGCGCGCUGCUUGGCCGGUCAGCUGCUUCUGCUUCAGUGCCUCUUCGAAAGAUGUCAAACACGAGAACGAACUACCUGCGCACGAGGUCGUCCGGCCUCCGCACGUUGAAAGGUCGAGUCCGUCAGGCGAUGCCGUCACUCGGAGCUCGCGUGUGGGCUCAGCGCCCCUAUCACCCAGUGUUCAGUCAUGUCCACCUGUGUCGGCAAGCGCAAGACGCUCAGCCGAAUUGGCCUCGGAGCUCGAAGCGGUGCGCGAGGACAGCAACGAUGGCUCGGCGGGAAGCAAAAAUGAUGAAAGAAAUGGCCCCGCUUCGCACGACCACUUCGAGGAGCUCAGCAGCAAGGGCGAUGGCCAUCGGACGUCGUGUCCCUCGGCAAGCCGGCCCCAUGGCGCCCGGCCCGGCAGCCCCGUCGCAGCCAGGCCGCACUCGACUGUGUUGGUACCGGGAGUGAACGGGAGCAUGGGCGGCGCCGGCGGCGGCAUUACUGGCGGCAGUGUUGGCGGCAGCAGUAUCGGCGGCGGCGGUGCGCGCCUGCCCAACGGCUUGGCGUCUGCGCCGCUGGCCGUGCCGCCGCCAGUGCCAGGCGGGCAGCUGCCUGGCAAGCCUUUGGUGAUGCCCAUGCGGCACGACUUCAUGACAUUGAUGCGCCAGGCGAGCACGCGCGACAGCUCCAGCGGCAUCCUGGCCUCAGACCCCCUCAACCUGACCGGGGCGCUCGCCACCGGCGGCAUCGUGACGUCCGCGGCCACGCCCUCAAGCAGCCUCGCCGCGCCGCACGCGGCGGCGGGGACCGCGUCCACGGGCGGCUGGAGCGGCGCGCCCGUGACUGUGGCGGCGGCGGGGGUCGUGGGCGCUGCCGGCGGCCACGGUUUACGCGCCUACAGCAGCAGCCACAGCGUAGGCAGGCUGCCUGGUCUGGGCUACGGCGCCGGUGCUGCUCCUGCCGGCGGCGGCGCCGGUGCGGGCGCAGCUGCCGGCGGCGGCGCCAGCGCGGUGCUGCAUGGCGUGCCGAGCACCGGCGGCACGACGGGCCGCACACGCAGCUCCGCCGACUGGAGCUCCAUGCUGCACCACCUGCAGCAGCAGCAGCUGCAGCUGCAGCACCAGCUGGCGACGCACCACCCCAACACCGUGCUGUCGCUCCUGUCGCAGCACGCGCCGUCGCAGUCGCCGUCGUCCUUGCCGGCAUCCUCGGCGCCAGGGCAGCCGCCGCCGCCGCUGCAGUACCCUUACCCGCUGACACCGCACCAGCACCCGCACGCGCACGCGCACGCGCACCCGCCGCAGCGCCGGGCGGGCUCGCCCGCCCCUGCGCAUUCAGCCACGUCAGCCUCGCCCGGUGUGGCGCGGCGGCUUGCCGGCUACGCCUCGCACCGCGGCGCUGGCGCCGUCUACGCCGUGCCCGUGCACUCCCACAGCCUUCAAGUGCCAGAGGCCCACAGCCCCCACCAGAGCCCCCAUCCAGGCACGGCAGGGGCACCACAGUCCGCAGGCGAGCUACUGCCUGGCGCCACGGCACCCUGGCCGGUGCAGCACGCGCCUGCGAGUGGGGGCGCCGCAGGAGCCGGAGGCGCGGCUCAAGAGGCCGCUGCCGGGGCCGCCGCCGGCAGCCGUGCCCGGGCCUUCUCCCGCUGUAGCAGCAGUCCUGACUUUCGAGUGGCGGGUGUGCUGCAGCUGCUGCACGGCGGCGCGCGGCCGCUGGCGACCGCGACGGAGGCGGGGGCGGCUGCGGAGCAGGCGGCGGAGUGGCCGACUGCUGCAUGCCACGGCGCCAGCGGCGCCGGUGUAGCGUCAGUCGCGCUGCCCGACAUGAGUGUGGAGGUCAUGACGGCGGGUGUGUCUGCCGGCGCCGGCAUCAGCGUCGUCGACGGCGUGGAUGAGACGGUCGCAAGCAGUGGCGUCAUCACCAUGGGCACAACCACCACCGCCGAGCUGUCGGGCGCAGGACCGCUGCCGUCGCCGCUGCCAGCGGCGGCGCCGCCGCCGCUCCCCUCGGCCGCCGCAUCGCGGCAGUCGCCGGUGCGUGCUGGCGCCGGCACGGCCAUGGCGGCGCCAGCGCCAGCCGCCGCCUCCACCGCCACCGCACCCCAGCUGCAGCAGCAGCAGCAGCAGCAGCAGCAGCAGCAGUGGCCACACCUGCACCCACACCAGCAAUCGAACAGCGCAAGCGGCGCUACGCCCACGGCCGGCCACGGCCGGCUGCUGCUGCAGUACGCCCACUCCCACUCGCUGCCCCACCCGCACGGCCACCAGGCCGCGCACACGCUCCUGCCGCAGCCACACCUGGCCUACGCAGCCCAGCUCGCCGCCAGCAGCAGCACAGGCGGCGGCGGCGCCUCCUCUGUGUCGGGAUCCGGGUUCCCCCAGGUCCAGAACUACGGCUACAGCCACAGCCACAGCCAGACACACCUCAACAGCUACAGCCAAAUCUCGCCGCACGCGCAUUCGCCGCUGCGCCCUCGGGACCUGCAGCCCGCUCCAACAUCCUCGCUGCAACACGCCGCGUCCGCCGCGCCGGCCGUCAGCGGCGCCAGCAGCGCGGGCGCAGGCGGCGCCAACCGCGGCGGCGGCUCCAUGGAUGGCCCUAGCAGCAUGGUCCCAGGCGCAAGUGGUGACGGCGGCGGCGGCGGGCCGCUUGCGGACCCUGGCAGCGUGAGCGCCGGCGCCGGUGUCGCCGGCACCGGUGGGCCGCACGCCCACUCCCACGCCCACGCCCACGCGCUGUUCAUGAUGAGCAGCUCGCACAUGUGCGGCACGGCACACACGCUCAUGGACAGCUCCCGCACCGGCCUGUCCGGGCUCAACACCACCGGCGGCGGCACACCUAUGACGCCCAGCCUGCUGCUUGACAGCUGCGUCCACAUCAGCAGCGCCGCCAACGCAGCCGCCGCCGUGCCGGGCUACCAACGCGAGCAGCUGCUGCAGCAGCUGCGGGAGCAGCUCGACAGGCAGCAGGACCCGCAGCAGCACAUGACGAUGUCUGGAGGCGCGGUGGUAGUGACCGCGGCGGCGGCGGCGACGGAGCAUCUACCACUUGGUGUUGUUGGUGGCGAGGCAAGUGGCGGUGGCGGUGAAAAUGUGCCGGACCAUGGCAGCAUUGACCAACAGGCGGCGGCGCAGGAUGCGGCGGCGAACCUCAUACCUUGGGUGGAGGCCAGCGGCGGCAGGGCCCGCGUCGAUACCAGCGGCAGAGGUGCGGCGGCGGCGGCAUCUUGUGACGGCGCGACGGCUGUUGCCGGCGGCGACGUGGCUUCAGCUGAUAUCAACAGUCCGUUCUCGGAAAGCUAUGCCGGUGGCGCCGGCGGCGGCAUGAGCACUACUCCUAGCGGGGCCUGCAUGAGUGCCGCCAUGGACUUGACGGGUUCGCUGACGGCACCGCUGGCGAUGACGCCGGGACUGCCGGCGCCACAGCUAGUGCAGGCCACGGUGGUCUCAGAGCCCUCUUCGGCAGCGGAGCCGCAACAACAAUUGGCGCCGCCGCCGCCUCGCGCCGCCGCCAGCUGCCCGGCUGCGGGCCCCCGGCCGUCAGCAGAACCCUCGGCCGCUCCGCUGCUGGUGCUGCUGCUCCCAGCAACGGCGCUGCCUGGUCGUACCACCAGUGGGGCCCAGGUCGUGGUGACGUCUGUGACGGCGGAGCCGCCAGGCGCCGCCAGCCCGGCUGCGGCGGUGCCGCCGCCGUCAUGGCCUCUGCACGCGCCUGGGGACGCGUCGUCAGAGGAGGAGUAUGCACUGGAGGUGUCUGCAGGGCCAAUGGUGCCGGCGUCGGGGUUCAACGGCGACGCCAGCAACGCCAGCGGCGCCUUUGGCAGCCGCGCCUUAACGGGCGACGUGCCGGCAGCUGGCGGGGGUGGCGGCGGCGGCGGCUUCGAGGCUGACCUGUCGCUGGUUGUGCAGAACCUGUUGGAUAGGAACGUGCUGCCGGACUGCCCCACGCCAGCGGUGGGCAGGCGCAGCGGCGAAAAGGGCGGCGUCGGGGAUGCAGGUGAUGUGGGGCCAGGUGGUGGCGGCGGCGGCGGCGGCGCGGCGCGCAGCUCCGGCGCGGCAUGGCUGGCAGCGGCGGCGGUGGACGGCGGGGACGGCAGCAGCGGCGGCGGCGGCGCGGCCGCGCGUUGGGGCACCCAGAGCAGGCCGUGCGGUGCCGCGUCCGCCGCGCCAUCAGCAACUACUUCCGCCACCCAUCCGCCCGGCCACACGGCCGCCGCCGUGGCUGUCGAGCCGCCGGACGCGGCCGCCCGCCACGGUCUUGCGCUGCUGCGGCCCGAUCCUUGGGACACGCUGCUCGCCAGCGCGCGCACCACCGCACGGGCUCGGGCGGCGACGCAAGACACGGCUGGCAGUGGUGCCCUCAGCUCGGGCGCCGGCGGCGACGCCAGCAGCCGUGGCGGCAGCGCGUUCACCUCGGGCGCCGGCGGUGGUGCCGCCGUCAGCGGCGUCCUCGGCAGCGGCGGUCGCGGACGCGCGGGCUCGGCGCUAAUUCCGCUGCUUGUGGCCGCCGCGGCGGCGGCAACCUCGGAGUCCGGUGCCCACGCAGUGACGGAUGCGAGGUCCGGCGAGGAGCCGCAACAGCUGUUCUCCUCCAGCGUCUCUACACCUAUGUCGUUCGUGCCGCCGCAUUCCGACGCCUGCCGCGAUCCAGCUGACAGACAGGCGCCGCCGCUGCUGGCUGCCCCGGCCGGCGAGCCAGCGGCGAGCCCCUUCGCCGCGCACACGGGAUGGUCGCUGGGCAGCACCACGCGCGGCGCACCGCCGCCAGCAGCCUCCGCCGGCACCGGCCCCGCAGCUGCGGCUGCAGCCGGCUUUGGCGGCAACGUGGACGGCAGUAGCGGCCGGCCUCCCAUCUUCCUGAACACAGCCGCCAGCGCCGGCGGCCGCGGCGGUGCCACGUCAAUGAACGGCGGGCCCGCCGCCCGCGCUGGCAGCCUGGCUGUCUCAGCCUCUGCCUGCGCUUCUGGCAUCCCCUCCUCUGCACUGUCAACCUCCGCCGUCGGCAUCGCCGCCUUUUCUUCCGCCGCCAACUACUCGCGCCAAUCCACCUUCGCCUCCAGCAGCGCCGUUUAUUACGGCAGCUACCGCGAGACCUACAACGGCGGCGGCGGCGGCGGCGGCCUUGCCGGCGGCGCCGGCGCUGCCUUCAUCGGCGGUGUCUUUGGCGCCACCGGUGGCUUUGUUGGUUGUGGCGGCGGCAGCAGCGGCUCGAUGUUCGCGGCGCCGCCACUGCCGCCGAUUCCGUUGCUGAGUCCCGGCAUCGAUAGUGGGAUGGACCCGGCCCUGCUGCCGCCGGUCGCCGAAGCUGCGAGUGGCAGCGGCGGCAGCGGCGGCGACGAGGGCGGCGGCGGCAGCGGCAUCCGGUGGUUGCUGGCGGCGGACGGUAGCAGUGCUGCGCUGGCGCCGCCGCCAUCGUCCUCCGUGCAGCCGCCACGUGCGGCGGCGGCACAGGACCAGCAGCACCAGCAGCACGGCCACGCCUCAAUGACGAUGUCGCCGUCGGCGUCGGUGCGGCACGCCCGACACGGCAGCAGCGGUGCCUCUGCGUCUGCGGUCGUCGCUGCCUAUGCAGCCCCACACGGCCUUGGUGGCGGCGCUGGCGGCGCAGCCGCCAUUGCCGGCAUACCAUCGCCAACGGGCGCCUCGGCUUCGGCCGUACAGACGCUUGCCUUCCGCUCUCCGCCUAUGGUGGUGGCGCGGCCUGUGGCCGCCGCCGGCAGCUACAGCAGCAGCGGCGGCGGCGACGCCGUCGCAGCCACGCCGACGCUCGUGAUGCAUGCAGCCGCCUCGCCGUUCCGCGUUGACGCCGCGUGCAAUGCGGGCGGGCCACCGCCACCGCCUUUGUCGUUGCAACAAGGCCAGCAGCAGCAGCAGCAACAACAACGUUCGCAGCAGCAGGACCUGCAGGACCCCCAGCAACGACAGCCGCCCCUUGAUCAGUUCCAGCGGGUGCCGGCAUCACCGCGUCACCCGCCGCAGCAACAGCAACAGCAACAACAACAACCGGGACCCGCGCGGCCUGGGUUGCAGCCGCACUCGCCAUCGGCGGCCGCAGCCGCGGCCGCGGUGGCAGCCCCAGGCGCUUUCAACCACGGCCGCCGUUCAAACCACAGCAGCGUCGCUGACCUCCCAUCGCUGGCGCAGUCAGCCAGCGCCGUACAGCCGCCGGUUUCGGGCAGUUACGCCAGUUACGUCCAACCGACGCAAACGCUGCAUCCGUACACCGCCGCCGUUUUCGACAUUAUCGCCAGUGGCGCUGGUGGUGGCGGCGGCGGCGGCGCCAACAGCACAUGUACAUCCACGAUCGGUACGGCGCCACCGUCGCCGCUGCCGUCGGGCGCCGCCGCCGCCACCUCGCCGCCGCCUGAACCCAGCGCUGGGCAGCAGCAGCUGACGCCGCCGCAUCCUGCUGGCGGCGGCGGCGGCGGCGGCGGCCUGAGGCUGGAGGAUGGUCUGGUCCCGGACCCACUGCUGCUGCUGGACGGGCUGCAUGGUCUCGCCUACAUGACCAGUGGCGCGUACGCGGCCGUGUACCGAGGCAUGUGGGAGGGCGUUCCAGUGGCCAUCAAGUUCCUGGCUUCGCCCUCCCUAGACCUGGCUGCCCCCGCCGUGAAGGAGGCGUUGUUGGGAGCCUGCCUUGCGCACCCCAACAUCAUCAAGACCUACACCACCCGCGUCGCGCGCAUCGAUACCAGAGCCGUCGCACACCUGCGAGCAGUCGCCGCCGCCAUGGACGCCGCCGCCGCGAUGCGGCGGCAGAGCGGCGCCGGCAGCGGCGGCGCGCCGCCGGCUGGCGGCGGCUCCAUCCGCCGCCGGUCGCAUGCGCCGACGUCGACGGCGUCGCCGUCUGCCGCGGCGGCGGCCGCCGCUGUGGCGGCGGCGGCAAUGCGGCGGCGCUCGGUGGCGGCGAUGGAGGCGGCGGCUGGAUCCAGCGGCCACCCGAGUUACGGCGGGCUCAUCUCGCCAGUCGCUACCUCAUUAGUGGGCUCGCCGCUUGGCACACGGCCGCCGUCAGAGUCCUACGCCGGCUCCACGCCGCCGCUAUCGCCCACUGCCGCCGGCGUGCUGCUCGUGAGCGGCGUGGCGAGUGGCGCCAGCGCCGGCGGAUGCAGCGCGGGCGGCCGCAGCCGCGCCGGUGGCGGCGGCCGCGGUGGCGGUGGCGGUGGUAUGUCGGGUUGGCCGCGGCACUCCAGCCCUGGUGACUCAGCCCCUGUGGAGAGAACGCAACGCAAGGUGGAGGAGCCGGCGUCGCCGCCGGCGCCGCAGCCCCUGGCGCCAGCGCCGUCGGCCGACAGCCGCAGCUGCAGUGGCGCCGUUGGGAUGGCCUCAGAGGCCGCCUCUGCACUGCCCUCGUCCUCAGGUGCCUCCGCGGCGGCCGCUGCCGUGGCGCCCGUUGCAAGCCAAGCCGCUGCCGCCAGCCGCGCGGCCGGGGGGCCUCGUGUCGGCUUUAUGCGUCGGUCGGUCUCGGCGGAUGCGUGGGCCGACAGCCCGACGGCGGCGGCCGCUGCCGUGGCCAUCGCCGCCGUCGCCACGUCCGACUCCGGCCGUGGCGCCUCUGCGCCUGACGCCGUGACUACGAUAGUGCCUGUGGCCGAAGUGCCGACGUCGGGUCCUGCUCUGCCAUCGAGCUGGGCCGUGGCGUCGGCUGUCGCGGCCACUGGCGCCUGCAGCCUCAGCGGCAGCGCCUGUCUUAGCGCCAGCGCCAGCACCGAUUACCAAAUGACGUCGCUGCCGAUCGGUAGCCAGGCGCCGCCGCCGGUGUCGCCACUGCCGCUGCAGGGAUCCCCGGGCUCGUUCCCGUGUUCGAGCCACGUCACGCUGGCGCAGGCCGCGUCGACGCCGGUGCGGCUCAGCCCAACAUCGGCGCAGCACCAGCAUCAACACCAGCACCAGCUGCACAUGCAACAAUUGCCGCAGGUGCCGCUGCUUACUCAGGCACGGCCUCACCAUCCGCAACAGCCGCAGCCCCACCCGCAAAUGCAGCCGUACCCGCAAAUGCAGCCGCACCCGCACCCGCAGCCUCACCAACAGCAGCGCCGGCAUCCACAGCAGCAGUCCCAGCAGGGCCCCUUCCUACUCCCAGGACCGGCCGCCGCUCGCAGCAGCGGCCGCCACGCGGGCGCGCUCGCCGCCGCGCAGCCACCCGGCGGCGGCGGCGGUGGCGGAGCUGCCUUCCUUCGCAGCAUGGGCGGCGCUGGCGGCGGCGGCGGCGGCGGCUUCAGCGCUGCUGAGCGGCUGCUGGACGUGCUGCAUGCGGUUGGCGUGAUCGGCCCCACGGGCCGCCCCACGGCGGAGCUGCAGUAUGUGACGGCGGUGGUGAUGGAGUUCGCUGACCUGGGCAACCUGGACGGCUUCAGUCGGCUGCACCGCGGGCGGCCGCUUGAGCCGGGCCGUGCGGUGGCACUGCUGCGGCAGGUGGCGGCGGGCAUGUGCUACCUACACAGCCACGGACUGGUGCACGGCGACCUCAAACCCGCUAACGUACUGCUGCUGCGCGACGCAGCCGACCCCACCAGCAGCCUGCCGGUGGUGCGCGUGGCCGACUUCGGGCUGUGCGGCGUCAGCGGACACAACGGCGCUAACGGCGGGGCGGAGGCGAUGGGCACGAUCGCCUACAGCGCGCCUGAGCGGCUGAGCGAGGAGGGGCUGGCGGAUCACCCCGCUGACGUGUACAGCUUCGGCAUGUGCGUGCAACAGCUGGUCAGUGGGGAGCGGCCCUUCGCAGACAUGACCUACGCCCAAAUGGUGUUCGGCGUCCUGUGCCGCGGCAUGAAGCCUCCGUGGCCGGAGGGGCGCUGUGAAGUGCUUCGGCCGCUGUAUGAGAUGUGCUGCGCGGACGAUCCGGCCCAGCGACCCACGUUCCACCAGGUGCUGGAGUGGUUGGACGGAGCAAUGGCCAACGGCGGCGUGUGAGCUGACGCCGACAUUGCGGCGCCAUGCCGUGGUCCUCAGGAAGAGCACGCCCCAAGCAGCGUGUGAUGCAUUCAUGUGUGGUGUGCAAUCGUGGCCGAGGGCCUUGAACGCUCCGGUUCCGGCAAUACGUGGUUGGGCAAGGCGGCAAGCAAAGCCCCUGACGCCACCCCAAAUGAGCGCGUUUGAGGCCAUGCCUGCAUCACGCAGCGGGGACUCCCGCGCCCUGUGACUUGCGGAGCGCAACUGCUGCAUUUGUUAAUUUUCGUUUAUGAACGGUAUGCGACACCGCGAAGGCCACCUAUUUUGUUUAUGGGUGGCCUUCUCAACGUGCUUAAACACACACGCGCGGGCAUCUCAUCUCCGACUCAUCAAUCGCGCAAUGGACGGAGAGAUUGCAAACGUGCAAAGAGAUUGCAAACAUGCAGAGAGAUUGCAUAGAAGGAUUGAGCUAAUGGGUACAUGAUUACGCACUGCAUGUUGGGCGCUGAAGUCCGUAUUUGUUAGUCAUGGCUCGAUAGCGCGGCUAGCUGCAUCUGCCGUUGACAAGACAUUUGAUUGCCUUGCCAACACCUCAACACGCAUCUGACCAGGGAUGUGCCCCUGCAACUAUUGAGCAUCUAGCUUACGCAGCAACUGGCUAGGGAUGGUGGGUGCAUGGGAUGGCCAGCAACCUUCCGAGCUGUCCGGCUUGUUUGCUUCCCUGUCGCUUGUCGGCGAUGCGCUUUGAGCGACGGAGGAAAAUCAGGGGAUGCAACAGGUUGCGGGGCUUCUGGUUACAUUCUCAAACGCUUUCAGGCUGGGCGUGACGGCGACAAGGGCGUGGUGUAAAGGCGGAGGUGAAAGGCAGUAUGCAGCUUAGUAAUCUGACGCACGAAAGAAUGACUGCAUGCUUCAGUGCCUCGCAUGGACGCACUUGGUGAUGUCAUGUUGUGGCAUGAUUUGUUUGGAGGGAGCGGUUGGAAAGCGGUUGUGAUGCGGUGGCGGUGUUGCGGUUGGGCGGGUACUUGAUUUGCAUGAACAUGUUUCCGGCCUUCAAUACAGAGGACCUGAUGUCUGCAUAGAACAUUUGGGAUGGGUUUACGCUGCAGCUACCACAGGCUGUCUGUCCGCCUGCCUUGCUUGCUGCUUGCUGCGUCCGUAUGGCAACGCAUGGGUGAGGUGCGGCGAGGCUGCUCCCGCGCACAUGCACAGCUGGCCAGUGUGCUGCCAGCGUGCAUGCGCGGCCCACACGCCUCAGACCAUAUGCAGUGCCCUGGUCACGGUUUCUAUGUUGCCGGCGGGCAUUCGGUGUGGCCUCAUUUGCGGCACACAGGCACGCGGCCUCCCAUAUCAUCCAUGCACGGCGUCCGGAACUGACAUGCAGCCCGAUGCAUAUGCGUGCGUGAUGCAUGCGGUGCGCUCAGGCGAACGACAUAUCACGUGUUACAAGGCGCCGCAUGGCGCGCCUUGUCUUUUGUUUUGAAAUCACAGCCGUCUGCGCUGCGCUUACAUUUGGUGGUGUGUGGUCUGGCACUUGCUCUGCUGAUGGGGACGGGUGCCAGGCAGCCCGAUUCCCGUGAUUUGUGCGGAACAGCUAUUCACACAGCGGCUGUUUUUGGGGGGAUCGUUGGCCGUCUCGAGCUACAUAUUUUAUAGUAAAGGGCUGUUUGGGGUGUACAGUGGGGUGCACCGGGCAAGGUGCUGUGCCGUGGAGGGCUUUCCGAGUGAGCAUGCGACGGCAGCACGGCCGGGCGCCUGAGGCCGCGUGUGUGUUACGGGAGCGGGGAAACGAGGUUAGGGAAAGUCUACACGGUUUCAACAAAUCGCUCUGGAUUGAUGUACAGUGUACGUCGCGCACAACGUGUGUGCGCCGCGUGCAGACGGAACUCCUUUUUGAACUGGCUUUUGGCUGUGGAUAUGGCAAACACCGUCACGCGAGAUCCGAGCUUGCGCGGAUUCAUCGCUCCUAGGGCUGAGUGUCGUUUGCGGCAUGGACCAUGAGCAGUUGGCACAGGCCGGGCUCGGCGAGCUGUCGCGCCGCGAGCGUGGCUCAGGCGCUGCUGGGGUGUGUGUGUCGUGAAAGGCGUUUGCGGGAUCUGGAACUCUGAAUAAUAUCUGCGAUUGCUUGCGACUGGCGCUUGCUGAUACAGUGAGGCCACCUCCGUGCCCGUUGAACGGCCGGGGACAAUAAAGCGGCUGGGCCGGGCAGCCUGCUAGAAUUGCUGGGUAUCUGCACUUGUUCGAGUUUACUAAUAACGGAGUAGGCAUUAUUGGGUGAGGUGGUGUGGGCGACAUGGCGCGUGGUAGGAGGUAGGAACACAGGGGGCGCGGCACCCUGCCGAGGGAUGCAGGUAUUUCCAUCGCACCCACGCGGCCGACUUAGGUGCCCGGGCAUUGCUCUAUGUUACUUACGCUUGGGCAGGUCAUUUUGGGUGGAAUUGGGAGGUCACACCUUCAAACCCAUUUGCCUGUCAAUUUUGGGGCUGUUUCCAUGUCAAAGAUACGAAGUGUUACCUUCACGACUCCUCUGCCCGAGUUUGGCGGCUGGGCACGUUGCCAAGGGUGGGUUCUGUGAGGUGGCUAGACUGCACUUUUACACCUAUUGUGCCUCCCCCGUGUGAGGUAGGAACAUACGAUGAAUGUGUUGGUCACAGCUGCAAGCCCCGAGGGAGCACGCGCACUGGAGGAGAACGCGGGCCCUUUUAUGCAUUUGACAUGGGGGCAUGUCACACCCGGGGAGAGCACUGUAACGAAGGCUCCAU